AUGCUUCAAUUGUCGACGUUAAUAUUACCAGCAGUGCUCAUAAACCUACCAUCUGUAUUCACACACUACGUGCCAGCUACAGGCGACGAUUGGACCAAAUACAGGCCAAGCUGUGAACCAUUACCAGGAAGUUUCAAGACUUUGCCCUUUGAAUUUGGUAUUGUGGUUAACCCCUAUGUCGUAUGCGAUGACGGCGACUUGAGAGAACCGGCGCAUAGCUCCAUAGCAAGAAGUUUGACUACUACAAUCACCACCAGUAUUGUUACGCCAGCUCCAAAGCCCACUAAAACCAAAGAUGUCAUUUUGCAAAUCCAGGACGGACAAGUACAAAAGAUAAACGAGGAGUUGUAUGACAAGGAUUGCGAAGAUGAUAGAAAGAAGGUUUACUACGAUGAUGGCGGAUACAAAGACCACCGCGACGAUGGUUACGGCAAGCAUGAUGGAUACAAUGAAGGAUACGGUAAGCACGACGGCUACGAUGACGGCUUCAAAGACGGAUCCAAUGACCGCAGCAAAGGGUACAGGGACUUUGACAAGAAUGAUGGAUACGUUGAUGGAAAGAGGUUGUUGAAGCGCAAGACUGAUGAUUCCGACAACUUUAGAGGCGACGACAGCUACCGCGGCGGGGGCAAGUAUGGCGGUAAGAAGCAUCGUGGCGACGAAGCUCACAAUAAGAAGCACGAGAACAGACAACAGCAACCCUCAUACAACAAGGGCGGAAACAAGGUCUCCUACGAAGACUGCGAAGAGUUCUCCGAGGAAGAUAGUUACGACAGGGGCAGAGGUAACAAAGGGUACUAUGGUGAAGACUGCGAUGAUGGCUUUGUAUCACCAGUUUACUCAGUUGCCUGCUACACCAAAUCAACUUUGAGAAUGUCCUUGAAAGACUCCAUCUUGAGAGAUUGCGACGAUAGGAUCGGCUGUAUUGUAUCGAGCCACCAGUUCCAAUUUGAUGGACCAGUGCCUCAACAUGGAGCCGUUUACGCUGCUGGUUGGUCGGUUACCAAAGACGGACAAUUGGCAUUGGGAGACUCUACCAAGUUCUACCAGUGUGCUUCCGGUCAUUUCUACAACUUAUACGACCAACCCAUUGGAUUCCAAUGCCAUCCAGUUACUUUGGAUGUUGUUGAGUUGAUUGAGUGCUGA